AAAUCGGCCAUUAUUGCCACCACACGUGGUUUAGUUGAUAUCUGUGCCUGGUAUGGUUAAUUUGUAAAUAAUCUAAAAAUGACUUCUAUUAGUAGCGAGAGUGAGUUAAUUAAGAAAGGGGAUUUUGUCAUUCUUAAAACUGACUGUAUUUUGCGAUUGGUGCAUUUAGAUAAAAAAAAGCCACAGUUUUUAAUGAAACGAAAAAUUAACUUAUGUGCCGCUAUCGGUCAUCCUUUCGGUUCUUUCUUUGAAAUUAAACAGAACGGUGAUUUGAUAAAAGUUUCGAAUUCGGAAGCCUUAAAAUCCGUCCGCAUAGAUGUUAUUUCACCCGAAGAAACGAAGGACAAUCGAUCUUUGUUUGACAACGGCAAUAAUCAGAAAUUGACGACGGACGAUAUUGAGACCUUCAAGGCUUCUGGCAUGUCUGGACAAGAAGUCGUGCAAAAAAUUGUCGAAAACAGUACUUCAUUUCACGAGAAGACUGUUUUUGCGAAAGAGAAAUAUCUGAAGAAGAAGGAAAAGAAAUACUUGAAAUAUAUCAAAGUAUUGAAGCCAAAUGUUCGCUUGCUUGCUGACAUGUAUAACACCCAAGCUCCUUUGAAAAUAAGUAACUUGAGAAUGGAUUCCCUCUCGCAGAUGAUAACUUUUUGUAAUGUUAUGUCUGGUGGUAAAUAUAUGGUGAUUGAGAAUGUGAUGGAUUUGUUAGUCACUGCUGUUAUCGAUAAACUGGGUGUUGAGGGUUUUGCUGUCCAACUGCACAUGAAACCUUUUUCUAUUCAGCCAAACCCUCAAGUUGUGCAAGCUUUGAGCAUUACUGAAGAACAACUUCAAGCAAUACAUUUCAACAUUGAUCUAAAAUCUGCAAUAUCGCUCUUAGAAGACGACGUGGAAGACAUGAUUGUGGACUAUUCGGAUAACGGUUCGCUCGGUGUGUCUCAUGUCACAGAGAAGGCGCAAAAGAAGAAGAAACACAUCGAUGAUGCGAAAGCAAUCUUAAGACAAAAAAAUAUGGACGGACUCUUAGUUGCAGUGAAAAACCACCCAGCUAAUGUGCUGUCCUUGCUAGACUUUUUAUCAGAUUCACGACCAUUUGCGAUAUUUUCUAUGUACCAAGAGCCUUUGGUAGACUGUUAUGUGAAACUUAAAGCAAGAGGUGAUAUAAUUCUGCUAAACAUUUCUGAUACUUGGUUACGGAAGUUUCAGGUCAUGCCCGAGAGGACUCAUCCCUGUUAUACGAUGCGUGGGCAUGGCGGAUUCCUCUUGACGGGAUUAAAAGUUGCGUUAAAGCCAAAAACUUAACAAUGGAUAUGAAUUAGUGGAUCUAUAAGUUUUUGAUUUUGUUAAACGUUCAUUGUAUAGAUGUAUUAUGUCAUAUGACAAUAAAGUUGAAUGAUUAUUAA